CAGAAACACAGAUUCAGAUUUUUGAAAAUGUGGCUCCUGAUCGUCCUGUUCUUGUUGGUUGUUUGGGCUGUCGGCACCUACAGGUACUUGUUUGGGGUAGCAAGUCCUUUCUCUCUGGAGUCAGUGAGGCCUCCAGAACCUCGAGAAUUUGACCAGAAGAAGAGGGACAAAGUCAUCAAGCAAGGUUUCAGUGUUGACAAAGUGCCCCAGGACCUGGAUGUGAUUGUGAUCGGCAGUGGAAUCGGUGGCCUGACGGCUGGAGCCACGCUGGCCAAAGCAGGAAAGAAAGUCCUGGUUCUGGAACAGCACGAGCAGGCCGGAGGCUGCUGCCACACUUACACAGAGAAAGGCUUCGAGUUUGAUGUCGGUCUUCACUACAUCGGUCAGGUCCACGAGAACAGUCUGCUACGAAUCGCCUUCGAUCAGAUCACCGAGGGCCAGCUGGAGUUUCAGAAGCUGAAUCAGCACUUUGACACCAUCCACAUCGGCCUGGAAGAAGACAAACGGGAGUACACCAUUUUCUCUGGGAAAAAUGAGAUGAAAACACACUUGCUUAAACAAUUCCCUGCUGAGGAGGAGGCCAUUGAGACAUUCUUCAAAAUCAUGAAGAUUUCAGCGAAGAAGACUCAUUAUUUGGCGACUCUGAAGCUGAUCCCUCAGUGGAUCGCUUUGUUUCUGCUGAAAUCAGGAAUUGCAAAUCUUGUCUCGCCGGUCUUCCGCCUCUCUGGAACAUGUGCCACGGAUUUCAUGAACACGCUGACCAAAAACAAGGAUCUGCAAAUCAUCUUCUCUUACUUUUUCUAUGGAGUUCCUCCAAAAGAAUCCAGUAUUCUGAUCAACGCCCUCCUGCUUCAUCACUACAAACGAGGAGCCUACUACCCCAAAGGAGGUGCCAGUGAGAUCGCUUUCCACAUCAUCCGCACUAUUCAGAAGUACGGAGGGAACUGCUUGGUCAGAGCUCCUGUCUCCCAGAUCCUGGUUAAUGAGAAGGGAGCAGCUUAUGGUGUGAAGGUGAGGAAAGGUCAGGAGGACGUGGAGGUUCAUGCUCCUGUGGUGGUUUCCAACUGCGGCGUCUUCAACACCUUCCAGAAGCUUCUCCCACCUGAGGUCCGAGACAAACAGGACGUGCAAACACGAGUGAACUCGAUGAAACACGGCAGAGGAUCGAUCUUGGUCUUCUCUGGUUUUGAUGGGACAGAGGAGGAACUGGACCUGGUGUCCACUAACAUCUGGCUGUUCAAAAACAACGACAUGGAUAAAUCGAUGGAGGAGUUCUUUGCUUUGAGUAAAGAGGAGGCGCCAGAGAACAUCCCCAUGAUGUUCAUCACAGUUCCUUCUGCCAAAGACCCCGAGGCCAAACUAAGACACCCAGGGAAAUCCUGCAUGACCAUCCUGACCAUGGUCAAGUACGAGUGGUUUGAAGAGUGGAAGGACACCACGGUGCGCAAACGGGGUGACGACUACUACGACUACAAAAUGAGAUUUGCUAAGAACCUCUUUGACUGGGCCUGUACCCUGUUCCCUAAAAUUAAAGACAAGCUGGUUUUUCAGGACGUAGCGACCCCGCUGACCAACAUGCACUACCUGGGCUCUCAGCGUGGAGCCAUGUACUCUUCUGAACACAACCUGGAACGGUUCUACGCCGAGGCCGUAGCCAGGAACCGGUGCAGCACGCCCAUUGAGAACCUCUACAUCUCAGGUCAAGAUGUGUUCAGCUGUGGGAUAGCAGGCGCCCUGCAUGGAGGGCUCCUCUGCGCCUCCUCAGUGUUGGAUCAUAUCGUCUACAUCGACUUGCUCCUCCUCAAAAAGAAGCUGAAGAGGAGGAAAGCCAGGGAGCUGGCCCAGAUGUCCAAGAAGAAACUGCACUAAGAGUUUUGCCCACUGCAUCCCCUGCAGGACAACAGUGGAUCUUCACAUUAGUGCAGGGUCUCCUCCUCCUCCUGAUCCUCUUGGUGCAUCAUCAUUUUCAGACCAGUUUAAAGCAGCAGCCCCAAAACUUUUCAAUGUCCAAUCAACAAAAUAUCAGCAUCAGAGGCUCGUGACCUCAGAUUUUACCAGCUCAAGUAAAC